AGACGCUCUUAUCCAGAGCGACUUACAGUAAGUACAGGGACAUUCCCCCGAGGCAAGUAGGGUGAAGUGCCUUGCCCAAGGACACAACGUCAGUUGGCACGGCCGGGAAUCGAACUGGCAACCUUCGGAUUACUAGCCUGAUUCCCUCACCGCUCAGCCACCUGACUCCCGUCUUCCGAGCAUACAUUCUAGAAACUAUAAACAUGGUUUUUGCACGUUUCCAUGCAGAUGAAGCCAUUUGAGACUGGCAGCUCGGAGGCUCAAGCUUGUCACCCUUGUCACUGUUAUUCUACCUGGUGGAAGCCACACAUUUCUAAGGGGUCACCCUGGGAGCUAUGCAGGGGCAGCAGGCCCUCCCUCCGCCACAGAUCCCCCCACAGCCCGCGCUGAGGAGCAGUCACCCCAUACCUCUGGACACCAUCCAGCCCCUGCUGAGCCGGGACAUAGUAAACAGCAGGGAGGGUUACCCCCAGCCUGUGGCCCCCAGAGCCCCUUGCGGGCUGGGCCAGGGCUGCUGGAGCCCGGAUGCGAAGCUGGUCGUGCUGCUGCUGUCCCUGGCUGGAGCUGUCAUCCUGCUGCUGCUGUACCGACUCCUCCAGCUCCGACACAGGCUGAAGCUCGCCAGGACCAGAGACGCUCUGGAGUACUACAGCUUUUGCCACGCUGCCACCUACACCUUUAAGAACCCUGAUCUGCCUCAGGAACUGCCUGUUAACGGCGCCACUCGGCAGGCGCGGGAGCCCCCCUCCGUGGAGCCCCCCUCCGUGGAGCCCCCCUCUGGGGAGCCCCCGCCAAAGCUAGUGAUACACGCUCCCGUCACCCCUCUGCCACCGCCGCCGGCUUCCCCGCCUCCCACCCUCCCUCCCCCUCCACAUCGCGUCCUCCCUCCACCCCCUAUCCUCCCCCCGCCGCCCCUCCCCCCCACGCCUCCCCUCGUGGCUCUCCCUUUCCCCCUGCCCAUCAUACACACCACCCCUCCCAGCCCUCACCUGUCGUGGGGCGCCGGCUCGGACGCGGAGGUCUACUCCCGGAUCGGAGCUUUUCGGCCAUCCAGGUUGUCCAGCCUCAGCCAGACCCAGGUGAUCCUGUUUGAACACUCUGCCCUUUGACUCUAUCACGGCCGGGCGUGUCUUUGAUGACUCUAAGGGUGAAAACAGUGGUUCUUUAGCAAGUGUAUUGAGACGGUGUGGGAGUUCUUUGUCUGAACAUGUCUUUUGAGAAUGAGGAAAACGAUCCUGAUGAGUUGAUUGCAAUGCUUCACACUGAUUCACAAGUGUUCCGUUUUUUGAAUAUUUCCCAGUUGACCUCAAAUGCCUGUCGAAGAUCAUGUUGCACAGGUUGUAGUUGCAAUAAUAAAUUCAAUUAAACGAGAA